AUGACUACCCAAAAAGAAGCAUACCGUUAUGCCCACUAUGCAAUCCCCGACCCAGACUUCGACCGAUACAAGGACAUGGAGAAUCCAUUUGCGAAUAGUGAAGGACUCUCUGUACCGGCCAUGCGCGAGAUCAUGGCCCACAUGCCUGUGACAUUUCCAUACGACCAGGGAGAUGUCGCCAGUGUUGCUAUCAGCCAUGAAACAAUCAAGGCCCGCGAUGGCGCCGAGCUCAAUCUUAGGAUUUACAGGGAUAAAGAUGUUCGGAAAGACGCGGUGCUGUUUUUCGUUACGCAUGGUGGAGGAUGGGUCCUUGGAGACCAUGACACGGAAGAGGCGAUGAAUCGGCUGGUUGCUAAGAAGACGGAUUCUGUUGUUGUGAGCGUCAAUUAUCGGCUGGCGCCUGAGUAUCCGUUCCCGUACGCUGUCAAUGACUCGUUCGAUUCGCUGCAAUGGUGCAGGGAGAAUGCAGUGUCUUUGGGAAUCGACCCUCAGAGAGUCGUUGUCGGGGGAAGUAGUUCUGGCGGUAACAUUGCAGCUGCCUUGGCACUGAAAGAUCGCGACGAGGGCAUCGGCUCUGUAUUCGGACAGGUCUUGAACUUCCCAGGGACCUGUCACCCAGACCACUUCCCGAGUGACAAGUAUGAGUACUACAGUCCGGAGCAGAAUAGGGACGCGCCGAUUCUCACCACAGAGGCGGUUCAUUGGUUUUGGAAGUUGUACUGCCCAGAGGCCGGGGACGACGCUUAUGCGAGUCCGCUUCUUGCGGAUUCUCAUAAAGAUCUGGCGCCAACAUUGAUCCAAAUAGCAGGGCGCGAUCCCGACAGAGACGACGGGCUGGCAUACAGCGAAGCCCUCAAGAAAACCGGUGUUCCUGUGAAAACCAAGGUCUAUCCCGGCCUUCCUCAUGCUUUCAAUCUGUUUCCAGCCCUCGAAGACACACCCACUUUCUACAACACGGUUGUCGACUGGAUCAACUAUCUCGACAAGGACAUGGCAAAGAUAGCCAAGUUCGAUAAACGUUCUUGA